AUUAAAUCGUUAAUUAAUAUGGGGUCCAGCUCGAACCCCGCCAUAAGCACGUCCAGGUCUGUGGGACUGUCGGGUUGUCAUUUCUGAGCUGUUUCCUCGAAAUGCAAUCAAAGCUUCCUUCCUUACUAAACUAGAUGAACUCGUCUCUCUCAAAUUAUUGCUUUUUCGCUUUGCUCUGUUAAGAAGAAAAAAAAAAAAGACAGAAGGGGGAAAAGUAUCGGUUAUUGCUCAUAGCCAAAAGUUUACUUCUUGUUUGCUCUCCCAAUGGAGUUUGUUAUUACUAUCGUUGGCUCUAUUGUCGCUAAAGCUGUAGAGCUUACGAUCUCUCCUAUAAAAAACCACGUUAAAUACCUUUCCAAUCAUCAGCAAUAUGUUGAGACCCUCAAGAACGGACCUGAGAGGCUGAAAGAUGCAAAGGACGAACUGCAGCAUUCUGUUGAUGCAGCUAAACGAAACGGUGAAGAGAUCAAAGGUGAUGUUGACGAAUGGCUGUCUGCAGUCGACAAAAAGAUCCCUGAACUAGCAAAGAAAGUGACGGAAGUUGAAUAAAAAGCAAAGAAAAAGUGUUUCAUUGGUUUGUGUCCUAAUUUUUGGACUCGUUACAAGCUUAGCCUGAAAGCUGAAGAGGAAGCAAAGGCCGUUGCCGAUCUAAUUGAACAUGGCAAGUUUGAAAGGGUUUCCUAUCGUGCAGCUCCGCAAGGUAUCGUGGUUGCACCAGUUAAAGGUUACGAGGAAUUUGAGUCAAGAACGUCGAUUUUGAAUGGAAUAAUGGAGGUUCUAAAAGAUGAUAGCGUCAGCAUUAUUGGGGUGCAUGGUAUGGGUGGGAUUGGAAAAACAACGCUGGUCAAAGAAAUCGCUAGAAAGGUCAAGGGCAAGUUGUUUGAUUCGGUUGUCAUAGCAACCGUAACUCAAGCCAUUGAUAUUGAGAAGAUUCAGAACCAAAUUGCAGACUUCUUGGGUUUGAAAUUUGAGGAACAGAGUAUGGUUGGAAAGGCAUUUCGACUACGAGAAAGACUGAAGGAAGAGAAGAGGGUUCUGGUUGUGUUGGAUGAUAUUUGGGAAAAGUUAGAUAUUGAGAAAGUUGGGAUUCCUUUGGGAGAUGAACACAAGGGAUGCAAAUUGCUGUUAACUUCUAGAGAGCUCAAUGUUUUAUUAAAUGGGAUGGAUGCUCAGAAAAAAUUUCCUAUUGAGGUUUUAAACAAAAAGGAAGCCUGGGACCUGUUCAAGAAGAUGACUGGCGACUGUGUUGAAAGUUGCGAUUUAAAGCCUAUAGCUAUGAAGGUAGCCAAAAAAUGUGCAGGACUGCCGAUAGCCAUUGAGACAGUUGCGGUGGCUUUGAGAGACAAAAGCUUGUUUGAAUGGAAGAAUGCUUUACGAGAACUGGAGAGGCCUUUGUCAAGCAACUUCACGGGGAUAACUGCGGCAUUUUCAGCUAUAAAGUGGAGUUUUAAUUAUUUAAAAAGCGAGGAAGUUAAGCGGACUUUCUUGCUUUGCAGUGUAAUAGGCCAUAAUGGUCUCGUCGAGGACUUGGUAAGAUAUACUCUAGCUUUGGGUAUAUUUGAUGGUGUCUACACUAUGGAAGAAGCUAGAAAUAAAGUAUUGACGGUUGUGGCUAAUCUCAAAGCGUCUGCCUUGUUGCUUGAUAGUUAUAAUGAUAAGUUCUUUGAUAUCCAUGAUGUUGUUUCGGAUGCUGCUUUAACUAUUGCAUUGAAGGACUACCGUAUGCUUCUUUUGAGAGAUCAUGAUCCAAAGGAGUUGUCCGAUAAGUUGAAAAAGAAGGGCUGGAGUAUGAUCAGCUUACGUUGUCCUCAGAUUAUAGCUAACCUUCCUAAGGAGAUGGAGUGUUCAGGACUUUCCUUUUUCCAUAUGGCCUAUGAUGGCGUGGUUAAAAUUCCUCCCAAUUUCUUCAAACGAACCGAAGGCCUCAAAGUCUUAGAUUUGUUCAGAAUGCAGUUUCCAUCCCUCCCUGAAUCAAUUAUUCACCUUGCAGACCUUCGCAUGUUGUGUCUAAAAGGAUGUGCAGUUGAUAACAUAACUAUCUUUGGAGAGCUCAAGAAUUUAGAAAUCCUUGACCUUGCUGAGUCAGGUAUCAAAGAACUACCUAAGGAGAUGGCACAGUUGACUCAAUUAAGGUUGUUAGAUUUGAGUAGCUGUAGUGAACUCAAAAUCAUCCCACCGAACGUCUUAUCAGGUUUGUCUAAAUUAGAAGAAUUAUAUAUGGGUUGGAGCUUUGUUGAAUGUGAAAAGGGAGGAGUAGUUGAAAAUGAGAGGAAAAAUGCAAGCCUUGAUGAAUUAAACAAUUUGCCUUGUCUAUCUACUUUAGAUGUUCAUAUUCUUGAUGUCCGAAUGAUACCAAAGCACUGGUUUGUUGAGAAAUUGGACAGAUUCAGGAUUUUCGUAGGUAAUAAUAGAACGUAUGAUUGUUGCAAUAAUUAUGAAUCUCCGAAAGCAUUGAAUCUCACGUUAUAUACGAACAUUGAUUUGGACAAUGGGAUGAAAAUGUUGUUGAUAAAGACAGAAAAUUUGUGCCUAGAAGAACUUGAAGGCGUCAAGAAUGUACUUGUGGAGUUAAAUAAUUGGAAAGAUCUUCCACAUUUAAAAAGACUUCAUGUCAAAAAUUGUAUGCAUGUCCAAUAUAUCACAAUGAACAAAAUUGGGGUUCCUAGAUUAUGCUUCAUCACACUUGAAAAUCUACCGUAACUCGUUAGCUUUUGCUCUCCUAACGAAGGGUGUUCCACUAAGCCCUUACUACUUUUCAAUAAGUAGGUAUUUGUUUGGCUUUACUUCUAUUUUCUUAUACAACUUUUAUUUAUAUGCCCAUUCAUACUUCUAAUAAUAGAAAUAAAUAAUAUGUGUAAUGGUUUUUCAGAGCUCAAAAAUAAAUUUCAAAUCCAAAACAAAUGAAAAUUUAAUUUUUAAUCCAAAUCGAUUGAAAGUACAAAGUCAAUUCAAUACUCUAAAUUUAAACCCAACAUUUUUUUUUUUUUAAUUCUGAAAAUGAAAUUUGAGCCCACAAAUCAAACUAAAAUUAUCUUUAAAAUCGAAAAUCAUAUUUUCAAAUUAUGUUACAUACUAUCUUUCCCUAUCGAAAAAGAAUUGUGUGUAAACAUGUGCAAUUUGUUUUCCCUCACUUGGAAAGCUUUUAAUUGUGUUCCAUUAACACCAAAAUAAUAUGGCACAACCAGACAUGUUAUUGGAUUACGAAUUUGAGGAGCUUGAUCAUCAAAGGAUGCGGCAAGUUGGAGCAUCUGUUAUCACCCUCUCUCGCUAGAAGUCUGGUGCAACUCCAAUGCUUUGAAAUAGAGGAUUGCAGGGGCUUAAGGGGCAUAAUACUUGCAGAGGAAAUUGAAGAAGAAAGGAAAGAUGUGAUUUGUUUCCAUCGAUUAAACUCCCUGCAUAUAGAAGGUCUUUCAAACCUCAUCUUCUUCAGCUCAGGAAACCAGAAUAUCGAGUUCCCAUUGUUGAAACAGCUAACAAUUCAGCGUUGCCCCAAGUUAAUAGGAUUCAUUAGUCAGAGUAGUAAUCAGUCAGGCAUGCACGCUCUCUUCAGUGAGAAGGUUGCAGUUCCUACCUUGGAAAACAUGUUUAUCUCUGGGUUGAGUAAUUUGAAGAUGAUAUUUUACAAUGACCUAAAACCAGGUUCCUUUCAAAAUCUACGGACAAUAAGUGUUGACGGGUGUGGGAGCCUGAAAAAUCUAUUUCCAGUUUCAAUAGCCAAAGAUCUUCCACAACUUGAUCAUUUAUGCAUCACUGAUUGUGGAGUGGAGGAGAUUGUAUCAAAAGGGGAUGGAGUGGAGGAGCAGCCUGUGAGGUUUGAGUUUCCACAAGUGUCUUCCCUUGAGGUUGAAUCCCUAAAAGAGCUCAAAUGUUUCUAUGAAGGGCAACAUACAAUAGUCUGGCCGAUGUUGAAAAAAUUGAUAACAGAUUGUUCUGCUUUGCUAAAGAUAGUGGCAUCGGAACAUCUUAGAUUAAUCCAAGGAAAUGAGCAGCCAGUUUUAUUGGUUGAACAGGUCAUUCCCAAAUUAGAGGAACUUGAGUUACGAAAUUUUGGUGAUAUGGACCAAUUUCCACCAGACUUGUUUCAACAUAUUAAAGUUCUUGCAGUGCGUUGUGGCUCUGGAUUUUCUUUAUUUCCUUUCGUCCGGAGAUUCUACAAUCUGGAAAGACUUGAGUUUUUUAGUUUUGAUUUCAAACAUGUAGUCCCUUGUAAAGGAGACGCCGGGACUCUCCCACCAAUUAGAAAUCUGGAAUUGCAUUCUGCCAGAAAUCUUAUUUGGAGGAAAGAUUCGGAGUUUGACCAUAUUCUUUCUAAUCUUCAAACACUCACAGUUCAGAAUUAUGAUGAUUGGAUAAAUAUUAGAGUCUUCUCAUCAUCUUUACAAAAUCUCACAAUUUUGGAUGUGUCACAUUGUAAAAUGAUGACAAACUUAGUUAUACCCUCAGUACUUAAGAAUCUUGUGCAAUUAACGACAAUAAAGGUAGAAGACUGCACUAAAAUGACAGAAAUAGUGGGAAACGAGGGAGACUGUCAUCAGACAAUAGUUGUUAGUAAAUUGAAAUGUUUACAACUACGCAAAUUGGAGAGCCUCACAAGCUUUUGUCCAGGGUAUUACAACUUCGAGUUUCCUUAUUUGGAAGAAUUAGUUGUGGAAUAUUGUCCUAGGUUAAAGAUCUUUUCUGACGGAGUUUUAAGCACUCCACAAUUACAGAGAAUAAAACAAUCGCGUUACCAAGAGAAAUGGAGUUGGACAAGUGACCUUAAUACCACCAUACAACAGCUCUACACAAAAAAGGAUGGACUCUGUAACGGCUAUGAUUUCAACAUCUCUGACACAUUUCCGGAGUCGAUAGAAAUAUGGACUAGAAAUCCUCAAGAAAUUUUGGGCUUCAAACACCUUAGAAGGCUGCAGUUUUAUAAAUGUAGCAGCUUGAAGUACAUAUUUACUCCGUCUAUGCUUUUGAGCCUCAAUCUACUACACUGGCUAGAAGUAAAAGAAUGCAGUUCAAUGGAACAAGUGGUUAGGGAGGACGAGGAAGCAAUGGCACAUAAAUUUACAUUUCUUGAGCUCUGCUAUAUAAGAAUUGAGUCGUGUUCUAACUUGACAAAUUUCCAUUUGGGAAGUCAAACUCUUGAAUUUCCAGAAUUGAAUUACAUCACAAUAUGGGAGUGUCCAAAAAUGAUUGCAUUUUCUUCCUCAGUUUCAAGAGAGAGUGGUGAUGCAAGUGAAAACAUGGUUGGCGAAGGGGGCAUCUAUGAUAACAAUGCAGCUUUUUUCAGCAAUAAGGUUGUCAUUCCUCGUUUGAAGCUUCUGGAUUUGUCCUCCAUUAACAUUCAUAAGAUAUGGCACCACUCAUCCUCCCCAUCUAUCGGAUACCUAAAUCACUUGUGGGUAAAGAGUUGUCACAAUUUGAAAUACCUGUUCCCGUCUUUCUUAGUAAAAGAUCUUGUGCAACUCGAAUUCCUUGGAAUUGUGGACUGUAAUAUGAUGGAACAAGUAAUAUUCACGGAUGGAUUGGUUGAGGAACAUCAAGGGAGGAAUCAGAUGUUUUUCUAUAAUCUACAGUUGCUGUGGCUAGAAGACCUUCCCAAACUCACAAGUUUGUGCUUUGAAAAUUACUUUGAAUUCCAAUGUUUGACAGAUUUGGAACUAACAAAUUGUCCAUUGCUAAAAACAUUCAUCACUAAAUGUGUAUCCGAAGAUGAACCUGAAAUUGGCCAACAUUUACAAGCAAGUAACUUGGAGGUUCAUAACUCAUCUCUCCUCAAUGAAAAGGUUGUUUUCCCUAGUUUGGAGAAGUUGCGGAUUCAGAAUUGUGAUUCGUUAGAACAAAUUAUUGAGCUGCAAGGAGUCAUUGCUGAUGAGUCACAGUCAACAUCAGCUGCUCAAUCUAUUAUGGCUGAAACAGAGACGACCAAGUUUGUAUUUCCCAAACUAAUAAACCUCGGAUUGGAUAAGGUGCCGAGAUUGAAAAGUUUCUACUCUAGGAUGCAUACCACCCAGUGGCCCUCAAUGAAACAAAUGGACAUUAUUGAAUGCCCCAAAGUACAGAUAUUUACUCCACAAUGUCCUGAGAGUCAGGUUGGAAUCUCAAACCAACAACCCUUGUUUUGCGUCAAUGAGGACACUUUCCCUGUAUUAGAAGAACUAACAGUGAAGACGAAUGAUAUGGUGAAGGAGAUAUGUGAUGGACAACUCCCAUUGCAGUGUUUCCAAAACCUUAAGCAUCUUAACCUCCAAUUCUUUCCUGAGACAUCCACUACUCUUCCGUAUUCCUUCAUUCGGUCACUACCAAGGCUUCAUAAGCUUGUUAUAGACAAUGCUUCCAUUUGUCAAAUAGUACAAUCUGAAGGACUCAGCGACGAGGAAAGGCAUACAUCAGCAUUCUAUCAGCUAAAGGAAUUAAGUUUGUCUCAACUUCCAGAGUUGACGUUAAAGACUUUUGAGCCAUCUUUGCUGUCUUUCAAAAAUCUAACAACACUGGAAGUUUCAAGAUGCCAUGGGUUCAUCAAUUUAAUCGCAUGCUCAACAGCUAAGUGCCUGACGCUACUGGAAAGAUUGAGCAUAGAUGAUUGUGAGAUGAUAGAAGAAAUCAUAGCGUGUGAGGCUGAAGAAAUACAAGGCGACAUUGUAUUUCCCAAACUGAAGUAUUUGCAACUAAGUUGUCUGCCAUGUCUAGCAAGCUUUUCCUUGGCCCAUCACUCGUUGGAAUUCCCAGUCUUGCUAAUGGUGAAGGUGACAAAGUGCCCCAAAAUGAGGAAUUUCUGCCAAGGAGAUUUAAGCACACCAAGGCUGGAACAAAUGCACUUAAGAAGAGAUGAGGAAGGUGAACUGCAGUGGGAAGGCGACCUUAACACUAACAUAAAACAUAUGUUCGAUGAAAUGAAUGUGCAAAAUUCUGAGGUGAAGGAGGUUACUGAUCAGUUGCCCAAGCUGGAAUAAGGAAAUAUGUUUGGGUGCUUAUGCGAAAAGCUCAAUUUCAUUUGAAUUCAAAACAAAUGGUUGAGUUGCUCUACUGAAGUACGAGGCUGCAACUUUUGGUGAAAGGUUAUUUCAGUUUUUGUAAAACUACUAUUUGAACUGUUCCAUUUCACAUUAUACCCUCAAAAUUGAACUUCAAGUGCAUCAUGCAUGGCAUUGGGCUACAAACAUGUAAACUUUUACUACUAAGGUUGACCCCUAUUUUAAGGAUUUGCCAACUUUUGAUGGCUACCAUAUCAAUGUCAGCUUAAAGCUAUCAAGUAUCUUUACAAAUAUAUAUAAUAUAUAUUACUCCUUAA